UUUACGACGGGAACAGCACCAUGUGUCACAGUCUCAUUGGACGAUAGUGCGAAGCCGCAGUUAUACGACAUACUUACAUUCCAUUUGCCGAGUUUAUAAUUGGACUGAUGGCUCAUAUUCCCAACCAUUCCGUGUGAUCCCUCGGAGUACCAUGAUCAACACCAGUCGUACGGCAUUUCUGGUACAAUGAGCUCCCGCUGUGUUACAUGCAACCGAUCUCCCAGCAGCGAAGAGGCUCUUCAACAACACAUGCGCGACUCUCCUAUUCAUAGCCCGUCGUACGACUGUGAUAUCUGCGAUCGUUCCUUUGGUAGCGACGAGGCUCUUCAACAGCACUUACGCAACUCCCCUGUCCACAAGCCUACUUAUGACUGCAGCACCUGCGAUCGAUCUUUUGCCAACGAUGAGGCGCUUCAACAGCACUUACGCGACUCUCCUGUUCACAGGCCGUCCUAUGACUGUGAUACCUGCAAUCGAUCCUUUGGCAACGAUGAAGCUCUUCAGCAGCACCGACGCGACUCACCUGUUCACAGGCCGUCCUAUGAUUGCGAAAGUUGCAACCGGUCCUUUGGAAAUGAAGGGGCUCUUCAACAGCAUCUGCGCGACUCUCAAGCUCACAGGUCAUCCUAUGACUGCGAUACCUGCAAUCGAUCCUUCGGGACGGAAGAGGCUCUUCAACAGCACCUUCGCGACUCUCCUAUUCAUCAGCAAAGCACGGAAACACCUUUAGACGCAUUCUUCCGUUCAUACACGGCCUUUGAUUACGAUCGUUCUCUUCCACCACACAUCUCGUAUGCCAACUUGCAGAGACAUAUGGGGUGGUAUCGUGAACAUCCGGAGUCAGACGAAGCCUGGGAAAAAUACCAAGAAGCUCUUGAGGAGGAGUUUGAAAUGUGGUUUGGUGCGGAAGACGAUUUGGCUGCGUGGCAUGCGCUUUGUCGCGCAAUUGGGAUCAACCCAUUGCCGGUUACUAUUGAGCAAUGCGAAAAGGCUGUACGACGGACGCAUGUCAACAUCGUGGAUCUGAUCGAAAGCAGGCGGGGAAACAAGGAAGGAGUUCAGACCUUUCCAAACGUCAACAAACUACGCGCCUACACCAAGGAGACGAACAAGAUAUUCCCCAAUAGGUUUCAUGGAGAAAAUUGCAACGGUGUCUUGAGACACCUGCUUCGGAACAUACGUCGCGCGAGCCUUUGAAGAGUCAACGUAGUCUAUUUUCACAUAGCCAGGUGGAGAGGGGUUUGGAUUAUCAAUACUACUCAAUGGAGAGUCCAGACGUAGGUUAACUGCGGAUAUUCCCUUUGGAGAUAGGGGUGAGAUGUUCCCCAUCCGUUCGUUUAUCUGGAGAGUAUCUCGAACUUGAUUAAUGUAAGGAACUGUAGCUAGGAUGCAUUGAGGUCUAGGAUACA